UUAAACGCGAAAAUAAUUUGUAACCGUUCAAUUUGGUUGCAGACUGUGAAGAAAGUGGUAGCUAGGAGAUUCACCACGUUGUGAGAUAUGAUGCUCUUUAAAAUAAUUGCAAGGUUUUUUGGCCAAUGUUUGGUUAUAGCGCUCCUGAUUUCUAUUCCCACUCUCUCUACUGAAGUUCAUCAUGUCAUACGAAACUGUGAAGAGCUUCGCAUCUAUGGAUUUAAAAGUGAUAGAACGAGUUUUGUUAUUGAUCCGGAUGGAGAAUAUCAAGGUGUUGACCCUUUCAUGGUGGAAUGUGAAACGACAGGCAGUAGCUUUUCAGGCAGAACAAUUAUAACACCGACAUGCAACCUGGUAGAACAUGUUUCGGGGUACGAAGAGAGAGGUUCUUUUAUCCACGAUAUUACAUACGCAAUGUCCAUUGAUCAGAUCGUAGCACUCAUGACGUCAUCAACGACUUGCCGACAGUACAUGAAGUAUGAAUGCGUGAAUUCCAUACUGUCCGAUGGCUACUGGGUGUCACGUGAUGGCUCUGAGAUGCUUAACUGGGGGUCUCCAACGGGGUAUGUCGGUUGCAUGUGUGGAUAUAGAGGUGAUUGCUAUGCUCAUACUAUAAACAACUGUAAUUGUAAUGAAAACGAUGGUGUCCAAAGACUUGACGAUGGUUAUAUCGAUGAUAUCGCUACCCUACCGGUCAUUAGGCUACAGUUGGGGGACACGGGUUCGCCCAGUGAAUACGGUACCAGCACGAUUGGACCAUUGGAAUGUGCAGGCUUGACAGGUCGAUUUGGAAUAAUGCAAUUCUACGGCAACGUUUGCCUAUCUGGACAAAUUCUUACGACGUAUAGUGCUAUGUCUAUCAUCAAAUGUCUCAGCUUCUGUAAGCAACACAAGUUGUGCCAAUCGUUCAGCGUCCUCGCUAGUAACGAUAGCAACGCAGCGAUGACGUGCACUUUGAAUUACCAAUCAGCGAGAGAGGUUCCUGACAGUCAACUCACGAUAAAUAUGGGUUGCAAACAUUUUGAAUACAUUCACAUUUUGAAAUAAAUGAUUUCAGUAUUUCGUGAAUAGAGGUUGCAAACAUUUUGAAUACUUAAAAAUAAGUCAAAUAAGAAAUUUAAUGAUAUACCAUAAUAAUUGUUAGGCCAAAAUUUGUAUUAUGGCCUACCUAAUCCUUUGCGUAUAGUCAACCAUCACACACCCAAUUUAUUUUGCUUAUUUUAUCAAAUUAAUUAUCUUUAGUGAACGUGCUAAGAAUAUUUCUUAGUUAUUAAUAUUAUGAAAACAAGUGUAAAUUACUAUUAGACUGUUAUUUUGUUGCUAAAUAUUACUGUACUCGCAAAUGUAAAAUUAUAAUGGUAAUAUUUUUAUUGCUAAUAUUACUGUACUCACAAAUGAAAGAAAUUCAAUUAACAAUAGUUUAAUAUGAUAUUAUUUCAUGUGUGUGUAUGUCAAAUCUUAUUGUUGUAUCCGCAUACUGUAGAAUGUGAAAUCAAUUGCCUCCAAUCGGAUUCAGAACUUCCAACGAAAGUUUCAGUGGCCCAGUUAUUUACCGGCAUCUGCAGAUAUAAAAAA